AUGCUCUCAGCUCAGCCUGCGUACGCUCUUGCGCGAGCGACCUUCAAGCGUGCUCAACGUGGUUUAUUUGGAGGCAAGCACAUUCAGUUCGGCAAUAAUAAUCCCUUUUCCAAGAAGAAGACUAGACGCAAUUGGCUUCCCAAUGUGCAGAGCAAAAAAUUGUAUUCCGAAGCAGCACAAAAGUUUUACAGUCUCAAAGUGACGACUUCCGUUUUACGCACCAUUGACAAAAAGGGUGGUCUCGAUAAAUACCUUCUCGAAACCAAAGACAAGAAUCUGUUCAGUGAAAAGGCCCUCCAAUUGAAAGCCGAAAUCAAACGUUGUCUUUAA